AUGUGGACUUCAUGGUUUGUGAGAAAACCAAAAGACAAACUAUUGGUUCUGUCCCCACUGGUCCUGUCCCCACUAGUCCGGUCCCCACUGGUCCUGUCCCCACUGGUCCUGUCCCCACUGGUCCUGUCCUCACUGGUCCGGUCCCCACUAGUCCGGUCCCCACUGGUCCUGUCCUCACUGGUCCGGUCCCCACUAGUCCGGUCCCCUCUGGUUCUGUCCUCACUGGUCCUGUCCCCACUGGUCCGGUCCCCCCUGGUCUCGUCCCCACUGGUCCUGUCCCCACUGGUGCUGUCCCCACUAGUCCGGUCCCCAUUGGUCUCGUCCCCACUGGUCCUGUCCCCACUGGUCCUGUCCCCACUGGUCCGGUCCCCACUGGUCCGGUCCCCACUGGUCCGGUCCCCACUGGUCUCGUCUCCACUGGUCCUGUCCCCACUGGUCCUGUCCCCACUGGUCCUGUUCCCACUGGUCCUGUCCCCACUAGUCCUGUCCCCACUUGUCCUGUCCCCACUUGUCCUGUCCCCACUCCUGUCCCCACUGCUCCUGUCCCCAUUGGUCCACUCAGCUCAGGGGCACACACACACACACAGCUGCUCUGUGAAGAUGAAUCGUGUCCGGUCUCAACAAAAGAACGGAUGA